AUGGCGCCAAUUUUCAAUAUGGCGGAUCAACAAAGUCUGCAAGGGUGCAAGAAAGACGAAUUAAAAACGUGGCUUAAAGCUCGUGGACUUAAAGUUUCAGGAAGAAAACAAGACUUGAUCACUCGUGUAACAAAAGCCGAACAAGACGGCACUGAAUUACUUGUGAACAGGCAAAUGAGAGAGAAAAAUGAGCGAGAGAAAAGAACGAUCGACAAGCUUAAAACUCCGUUUGAGGAUCUCCCAAAUCCUAAAACACUAAACAACUGGACCGAGGAUCUCUCAUAUCUACCAGUAAUAACUGUUAAUGGAAUUAAGGACUAUUUAGUGUAUGGAAAAUGCAAAUUCUACGCAAAAGAAGACAUGAAGUGUUUUAAACAGCUAAAAGCUUUCAAAUUUUUCAUGGAUGGCCAUGUACAAGAUAUUAAACUUAGUAUUAUUAACGCAACUAGUAAUUAUUGCUUCGUAAAAGCAAAGAUUUUACCAUCAAUGCGCACAGACCGUGUUUAUGAGACCUGGAUUUCCGUCGUUAAAGAAACUGCUAAAGUCUUAUCUGCAGAUUGUAACUGCACAGCAGGGUAAGCAACAUGCAUCUGUUUGCGUUCUUGUUAUAUAUGUUUUUACGAUAUUCUAAAUUAUAAAUAAGAUAUUAAGCAAGCAAACAAACAAACAAUAGUUGGAUGUAUAAUAUUCUUGGUUGACACAUAGUUUUCUUAAUUAAUUUUGCUUCUGUUUGUAGGUUAGGUGAAGCAUGCAAUCAUAUUGCAGCAUUACUGUUUGCUGUUGAGGAUUAUGCCAAGACCUAUAAUCAACCCUCCUCCAGUAGCACUUCGUGUACAUCAAAGCCGUGUGAAUGGAACAAACCACGUAGCAGAAAACUCAGUCCCAAGGAAAUAAGUCAAAUGAGACCAGUUAAACAUCAGUAUGGGAAAAAGCCAAGGCUACCAGCAGUACCUAGUUCUGGUGAGUACAAUGCCUGCUCAGCAAAACAGAACUCGUUUUUGCUCAAUCUCACCAAUAGCCUCAAAACUGUAAAUCCACACUGUGUCCUUUUUACUGUUGUUGAAAAAGAGGGCAAAGAAAACACAGAAAUGUCAUAUGACAUUUCAUGUGAUAACAAUGUUGGGGCUUAUGAAGAAGUUUCAACAACCAAAGUUUUGGAAUCACCCACUACCCCAGAAGUUUUAAUGUCACCGACUACUCCAAGCCCUAUUGGUAUUAUUCCGAAUAAUCAUAUGUCAACAGUUAUGACAAUCAGUUGUCCCAUCCAGAGCCCUUUGAAAAAUGCAACACGAAUCCCACUCCAAUCUUUGCAACAAAAUAUUUUAAGUGUUCGUGAAUCACAGAUAGCACAAGUAGCAAGCAGUUCCACUUCAAAGUAUAUUCCAAUAAAGCUUCCACUAAUCGAUGAUUCUGUCAGAGAAAUGGAACUUCCAGAAAAUUUAUCUGAGGAUGCCAGACAAUUUUUUAAUGAUUCAGUAAAGGUAGACCUUGAGAAAGCAUUCAAAAUUGAAUCUUCCACUCGAAACCAGUCGAAUAGUGUUGCAUGGUACAACCAUAGGCAGUAUCGACUGACAUCUUCUAAUUUCGGAAAAGUACUUAAGAGAAAAAAGGAAGACUGUUCAAAACUUGUCAAUGCAAUGACCACUGGUGCCACAAAGAAUCUAAAUGUUAGUUCACUUAGAUAUGGCUGUGAGAAUGAGGAUCCUGUGGCCAAAUACUAUGUGCAAUACCAAGAGAGGCAUGGUCAUACUGGACUUCAGAUAUUUCCUUGUGGAUUAGUUGUCAACCCAAAAUACAGUUGGCUUGGUGCUUCCCCUGACAGGGUUGUCUUUGAUCCCACCAGUAACCCGCCUUAUGGAUGUGUUGAGAUAAAGUGCAUAGAGAGUGGUAAGGGGAUGACACCUCUACAAACAUACCAUGCUAAAAGAGAACCCAGUUCAGGCAAGAAAAAGCCUUUUUGUUUAAUGAAACAGGAAGAUAGCCUGAUACUCGAUCCAGAUCAUUGUUAUUACCACCAAGUACAAGGCCAAUGUGCAAUAUCAGGUCUGAAAUGGAAUGAUUUUGUCCUGAUGACUGAUUUGGAGUUCGGAGACGAAGGAAUACAUGUUGAGAGAAUCUAUUUUAAUAAAAACUGGCAUGAUUUGUCCUUAAGAAAGUUAACACAUUUCUAUUUUUCAAAAAUCAUGCCAACAUUACUUCAAAGGUUUUGA